AUGGAGAGGAGGAAUUCCUUGCUGCUGCUUCUGCUGCUUAGUCUCUCCUUCUGUCAGGCUGCCAUCGUGUAUUCCCAGGUCUCGGCAUGUGAUCCCGGUGACCUGGCAGCCCUUCAGAACUUCUCGAGGCAGGUCGGUUCGGGAGCAAUUGAUGGCUGGAAUUUCAAUGAAUCUUCAUCUUCCUCAAUCGAUUGCUGUGGCUGGACGGGCAUCAUCUGCGACGAUUCUUCCUCGUCGACUCCGUCAGAUUCAAGCAGAAGGGUGGUGGAGCUGGAUCUCAGCCGUAGGGAAAUCAGUGGGGUCCUCUCCGACGCUUUAGUCCGUCUGGAUCGUCUGCGAUCUCUCAAUCUCUCUAACAACUCGUUCAGCGGCACGGUCCCUCCGGAGCUGUUUCGACUGCAGCGAUUGGAACGACUCGAUUUGAGCGUCAACGACCUCUCCGGCGUCGUCCCGGCGGAUUCUAUUUUGCCCUCAGUUCAAGUUUUCAACCUCUCCUUCAACAAAUUCAACGGCAGCCAUCCUGUACUUCCAGGGUCCGCCAAUCUUUCCGUCUUCGAUGUUGGGUUCAACAGGUUCUCCGGUCCCAUCAACACCAGUAUCUGCUCCAGCUCCACCAAGAUCAAGGUCCUUCGGUUCUCUUUUAAUCAGUUCCACGGUUCCUUUCCGGCGGGCUUCGUGAACUGCCGCUCCCUGGCUGAGCUAUUCAUCGACUCGAAUAAGCUACCAGGGAAGCUGCCGGAUGAUUUGUUCCAAAUGGCUUCGCUCUCACGCUUGUAUCUCCAAGAUAAUCGGCUCUCCGGAGAUCUGAGUAGACUCGGCAAUCUAUCACACCUCGUCGAGCUGGAUAUUUCCUCAAACAACUUCUCCGGGAACCUUCCCGACGUGUUUGGUGGACUGAAGAAAUUGCGAUAUUUCGUUGCGUCGACGAAUUGGUUCGAGGGCCAGCUGCCGCCUUCUCUCUCAAACCUGUCGACGAUUCAGGUGCUCAAUCUGAGGAAAAACUUAUUCAGCGGGGAGAUUAAUCUCGGCUUCAAGGCGAUGCCUCGUCUGAGCUUUCUCGAUCUUGGUUCGAAUCUUUUCCGUGGAGGAAUCCCUCAGAGUAUCGUCCUCUGCCAGGAAUUGAAGACCUUGAACCUUGCUAGGAAUCUUCUGACCGGAGAAAUACCCAAGAGCUUCAACAGCCUCAGGUCGCUCACAUACCUGUCUCUCUCAAACAAUUCCCUGACCAAUAUUGCCUCAGCGUUCGAGACCCUUCAACAAUGCCCGAACCUCACCAAUCUGGUUCUCACCAUAAACUUCCGCGGAGAGGGGAUGCCCUCGGCCGGAAUCCAAGGUUUUCACAGUCUGAAGCUCCUCGUGGUGGCGAACUGUGGCCUAUCCGGUCCGGUUCCGCAGUGGUUGAGCGGCUGCUCCGAGCUUCAGCUUCUCGAUCUCUCGUGGAACAAGCUGGAGGGGACCAUCCCUCCGUUUUUCGGGAACCUGGACUUCCUCUUCUACCUGGAUUUGUCCAACAAUUCGCUGACGGGUCCGAUCCCCGAGAGUUUAAGCCGGAUGAAGAGCCUCGUUUCCAAGGACGGUUCCAUGCCCGAUUCCUCUACGGCGGAUUUCCCCUUCUUCAGCAAAACAAACAGGAGUGCGGCGGGGCUUCAGUAUAAUCAAGUCAACAGCUUCAAGCCUUCUAUACUUCUGAGUGAUAAUUUCCUCUCUGGAUCCAUCCCCCCCCAGUUUGGGAAACUUGGGAAUGUGCAUGUCUUGGACCUGGGCAGAAAUAAUCUGUCUGGAAUUAUCCCCGGGGAGCUUUCUUCCAUGGAGAAGCUAGAGGUCCUGGAUUUGUCCCACAAUAGUCUUACAGGGGGGAUACCUCCUUCACUGACCAACCUAUCUUUCCUAUCGAGUUUCAGUGUGGCCUACAACAAGCUAGCCGGCCAGAUCCCCCUCGGAGGCCAGUUCUCGACCUUCCAAAUCUCCAGCUUCGUGGGAAACCCCGGCCUCUGUGGCGUUCACGACCUCCCCUGCCCGUCUGAUCCCUCCCCCUUCAGCAGAGGAAGCAGGAGGAAGCGGAGCAAGAGCUUCAUCGCGGGAAUGGCCGUCGGAAUCGCCGUCGGAGCGGCGUUCAUAGCGGCCCUGAUGUUCUUGAUCUUCGCGAGGGCUCGUUCCAGGAGGGUGGGCGACCCGGAGAAGAAGGAGGAGGCGACGGAUGCUGAAGAUACUUCUGGUCUUCAGGGUUCCAAGGUCGUCCUCCUGUUCCAGAACAGGGAGAACAAGGGGCUCAGUAUCAACGACGUACUCCAGUCUACCGACAACUUCGACCAGGCCAACAUCAUCGGCUGUGGGGGAUUCGGGCUGGUUUUCAAGGCCACACUCCCAGACGGGACGAAGGUGGCGAUCAAGCGGCUCUCCGGCGACUACGGUCAGAUGGACAGGGAGUUCCAAGCCGAGGUCGAAGCGCUGUCGAGGGCACAGCACAGGAACCUGGUUCUCCUCCAAGGAUACUGCAGGAUAGGGAAGGACAGGCUGCUGAUCUACUCCUACAUGGAGAACGGAAGCUUGGACUACUGGCUCCACGAGAAUCCCAACGGCGGCGCUGCCUUGGACUGGCCCACCAGGCUUCGGAUAGCGAAGGGCUCCGCCAGGGGGCUGGCGUACCUGCACCAGUCCUGCCAGCCCCACAUCCUCCACCGCGACAUCAAGUCCAGCAACAUCCUCCUCGACGAGGGCUUCGAAGCUCAUCUGGCGGAUUUUGGGCUCGCGAGGCUCGUCCUCCCCUACGACACCCACGUCACGACGGACCUGGUCGGGACUUUGGGCUACAUCCCGCCGGAGUACGGCCAGUCCUCCGUCGCCACCUUCAAGGGAGACGUCUACAGCUUCGGGGUGGUCCUCCUGGAGCUUCUCACCGGCCGGCGACCCGUUGACAUGUGCAAGCCCAAGGGUUGCAGAGACCUGGUCUCGUGGGUGAUCCAGAUGAGGAAGGAGAAGAGGGAAGCCGAGGUCUUCGACCCCUUCAUCUACGACAAGAAGCGGGAGCGGCAGCUGUCGCGCGUGCUGGAGAUCGCCUGCCUCUGCCUCAGCGAGUCGCCUAAACAGAGGCCGUUGACCCAGCAGAUCGUUCCCUGGCUCGAAAGCAUCGGCCUCGAAGAUCAGGCCCCUGAGUAG